AUGGCAAAUUAGCGAACUGCGUUCAAUAGACCUAAAACGGAAGCACUCGGGAUAUUAUUCCUUACACCGAUAAAUGAGAUCAAGCAUAUAUGGUUUGAGCUCAACCCCGUAACUGAAAAGGGAUAGCUCCGACGCAAUCAUUCGUGGUGUCGCGAGGACACAUGCCAACUCAUCAUCGUCUUCAGAUUCUAGAUUUCGAAGCGACUCUCUGUUCUGUCUGGACUUGCGUGUGUUCUUCCCGCGCAUGACAUGGCUGCGGAUUAAUUUGCGUGUCUUUGAGUCUGGCUUGUCGAGAGUCGUGCUAACGAUAAACGGAAUACAAUUUUGUCCCGCUGAUGCCAUUGUUUUGAGCCUGAUCGUUCGAGAUCCGUCGCGUCGAUGCGGGUUGAAAUAUUGUUUUUUUUUUCCCGCUUGGGGAUGAGGCACGCAAAUUGCUGCGCCCGUGCCAAGAAUAGAUUGUAUUCCGAUUUGGGAAUGGUUGAUCUGGACAGAUGUGACUGCAAAACAUCUCUGAAUACAUUGGAUAAAAACUACGACUCUUGAUCAUCGGCGCCUGGAUACUACCCGUUUCGUCCCGAGGAUUAGGUGGAUAGAAAAGUCUAUAUAAGUCGCCCUUGACCCCGUCGAUCAACUCACGGAUAAUCUGCUACAUGCAAUAUCAGGAACAAAACUCGAUACUUAGUAUAUAUACCAGGCCCCUCUCCAUUCUCACCAUGUCCUACGGCAAUACCUUUGAUCCUGUAAAGGAUAUCCCACCGCUCAACAACAAAGUAAUCCUCAUAACAGGAGGAAACAACGGCCUCGGAAAGCAAUCCGUGCUCGAAUUCGCAAAACACAACCCCAGUCGUAUCUGGCUGGCGGCGCGCAAUGUCCAAAAGGCGCAACAAGCCAUCGACGACAUCAAACAGCAACUGCCCGAAGCAUGUAAAACAACCAUUAGUAUCCUGGAACUAGACCUCUCCUCUUUCGAAUCGAUAAAAAAUGCAGCAAAGAUCGUUCUUGCAGAAUCCGACCGCCUUGACAUCCUCAUGCUCAACGCGGGCAUCAUGGCCGUCCCCCCGGGCCUCACAAAGGACGGUUACGAAAUCCAAUUCGGCACAAAUCACAUGGGCCACGCACUUUUGACGAAACUACUUCUUCCACUCCUGAUCAAAACGGCUGAAAGCGGCAGUAACACUCCAAACGGAGGAGACGUGCGAGUCGUGAGCCUAUCUUCCCAUGGCCAUACACAUCUCCCCAAAGGCUGCUUCAACUUUGAGUCUCUCCAGACCACAGGUGAAAAACUGGGAGCGUACACAUGCUACUUUCAAAGUAAGCUUGCGAACGUUCUGUGGGCAAGACAACUAGCGAAGUUGUAUCCGCAGUUCACCGUUGCAGCUAUCCACCCAGGCGUGGUACGAACGCAACUGAUGGAAGGGGCAACAGGCUCAGCAGCAAUUAUAAGAAUGUUGGUUAGAGUCGGGAGCAGGUUGUUGACGCCUGUUGAUCGGGGAGUCAGGAACCAGCUUUGGGCGUCUGUUUCGAAGGAUGUCCGGAGUGGAGAGUACUAUGAGCCUAUUGGGGUUAAGGGGAAAGUAAGUGAUGAUGGGAAGGAUGAUCAACUGGCGCGGGAGCUGUGGGACUGGACUGAGAAGGAACUCAGAGCACAUUGUGUUUGACUUGAAAGGAGUCUUCUCGGUCUGGGUGAAGGUCAUUUCCGAGUAAUUGGGAUCAUGUAUCGAAUGAUCGUUUAUUGGGGCUAGGGUGCGGCGAGGUAGAUAGAGAAGAAUUAGGUAGAGAUUAAGGCCGGCGGGAGCCUAUGCUUGUUGAGUAGUCAAUGGUCAGCAUUGUCAUGCAAGGCUUUUGAACAAUUGAGGCUUCAGGUACAAUAACCCUCAAGUAAAUCAACUAAUAACUUGAAGAAACCAAAUUUUCGGAUCAAAAUAUGCACAAGGUUCAACUAAGCCUUCUUUUAAUGGGUCCCAAGCAC